GCUGCAACAGCUGCAGCAGCGGUGAACUGUCCCCGUCCGGCUCCUGCAACGAACUCUCCAGCGGAUCCUCCCACACUGGCAAUGGGACCGGUGGCACACGGGACGGGGCGACCGUUUCCGACGGUCCCGGAUUCACGACCCGGGAAAAACGCAUCCUGGAGGGGCUGCGGAGACUGCAGAGACCUCGGCCCCUUCAGCUGCCCCGUCCGCCCGUCCCCCCUCCGGAUGGAGGGGACUCCAAUGAAGGCAUCUACUCACCGGGGCCUGGCACUCCCGGCCUCCGCCCGGCCGUGGCCUUUUCCUGGGACCCACAAGGCCUCGAACCCUCAGAGUGGCCUGAGCGGCUGCCCGGCAUCCCUCCCAGCCCGGAAAACCAGGAUAGCCGCCUACCCAGCGGACAGGGCCGGGAGCGGGGGCACCAGGCCGGAAACGUUCAGCUUCCUGAGGCGGCAGAAGAGCACUCGGCAGGCACGUGGCGAGCAACGCUGCACGACGCCGGGCGAUGCCGAGGGCGGCCCGGGCGCAAACUCAAAGGCGGUGGGGGGCAGCAUCUCUGGAAGGGUGGCCGAAGCCCACCCUGAACCUCCGCGGCCGCACGCUGUCGGUGUCCCCCUCCUCGCUCAGGGAGGCGCUCCCCUGAGGGCCAGGCCCGGCGGAGGCUCGAGGCCCUCCGGAGACGAGGCCGAGGUCAGAGGUCGGAGAGACCCCACGGCCUCCCCUCAAGACCCCCAACCUGCACCAACCUCAGGGCUGGAAGGCGGGUUCCGGAAGGGAAGCACGACCGCCAUCCAGGCCCGGAGGAGCCCGUCCCCACAGGAGCAGGAAGAUGAGGCGCCAACUACGGGGGCGUCCUCGGACUCGUCUUCAGAUGCCGGGGGGCCAGAGCUGCCCCCCGCCAGGCUCUCGGGGGGCUGGGAGACACCAGGGCCAGGACUGGAGACUCCCUUUGAGGGUCCAAAACUCCCUCAGCCCUGCUUAGAGCCCCCCAACCGGAGCACCAAGGCUCAGAAGUCCAAGACCCAAAUCCCGGGGCUGUCCCUCCGGCCCGGCCUUACGAGGGAGACCAGGCUUGGCGGGCUGGCUAAGGCCCGGUCCCCGUCACCCUCAGCGGGCCCGCGGCCUACAAAUUCAGACCCAUCUGUAGGUCCGGCCAGAGAUGCCCUCACCCGGGGCUUCCCGACACCCCCAGGCCCGGGGGGCACAAUGGCUACAGAGCCCGGCGAUCUUCACCCUCUGGCUCCGAGCUGCCCGGGGCGAGUUGGCCCACCUCCCCAGGAAAAUCCCGCACCGAGGACACCUCCCAGCCAUGAUGUCCGGCCCUCUGACCCGGAACGCCCAGGAGUUGACUCCCUGGGGGCUUCGUCUGCCCGAGUCCUGGACAGGAAUGCCGGCCCCGGCCCCCUGCCAACAUAUUUCGGCCGGCCCAUGCUCCCUUCACCGGGCAGCCCCUGCGGUCAUGAGCCCGGCCCUCAGGUCUCCCCGCGCCGGCCCAUGGGGCAACAAGGCAGGGGGAAAUGCCCCCCGCCACUCCGGACAGGGCCCGACAAGAGAGAGAAGGACACGGACAACGCUGUGGCCCGCACCGAGGCCUCUGAUGGCCGGACCCCGCACAGGGAAGGGGCCGCCCGGCCCACCCGUGGCCUCCACCCCGGACCCGUGAGCCCCGGCCUGGAGCCGCCCCCUCGCUCCCGUGGGACCGGGUGGGCGCAGAGGCCCCUGAGGCCCGCCCUGGGCACCCACGCAGCCAAGGCCCGCGGGCAAGGCCGCGCCACCCGCCCGGACGACCCGACGGACCCCGCGGGCCCCGGCCGAUCCCGCACCCAGAUCAUCACCAGCGCCGCCGACCGCGGGGACGUCCUCCCCGGGCCCGGCCGUGACCCCGGGACCCCCAAACUCCCCAUGGAAGGCCCGGACCUGUCGCCCCCUGACUGGGCCACUCCGGGAAGUCCCAGAUGCCCACCCGGGCGGCCUUCCCGGGAGACUGGACCUCACCUAGCGACUGACCCCGAGGCCCCCCGGUCUCCCCUGGCUGGUCGGGGAGAAGUCGGGGAGCACUUCUCCCCUUCACACCAGGGCCCGGAGGUUCCUCCGGAAGCAGGCCUGGCCCCGUCGAUGGAAGAGCGGGUCAUGCGGGGCAUCCAGGAGAAAUUGGACCCCCCGCCUCAGAGCCGGGCCGGGCCCAGGGCCGCCCCGUCCAUCGCAGGCUGGUUUGGCUUCCGGCGGAGCAGGCUGCCGGGCCUCGGAGGCCGCAGGCCCCGGCCCGUCCGACACGAGGAGGACAAGCCUGGCCUUGCCGGCCGGCGGCCAAAACCCGAGCAGAACGGAGUCAGGAAAGGCCUGGAGCCGGGGGACGAGGAGGUCGGGGCCCGGGACCCCGGGAGAGGGGUCUUUGGGGCCGCAAAGUGGCUAGUAACGACUCCCACCCCUCACGGGUCCAGGACGGGACUGCCGGGCCGGCCCCCUUCCACGACCAAAGACGCCUUCCUGAAGGAACUUCUCAUCAGAGUCGACAAGAAAUCAGGCCAGAGGACGGAAAGCGGAUCGGGAGAUGUUUCCUUCGGGGGGUCCUCAGGGCCCGGAUCCCGGCCCUUCCCCAGGCCCAGCCGAGGCCUCGGACCUUCCGGAAGCCGCGGGGAAAACGGCAAGGAGAAGUCUGGAAUGGAAAUGCGGAUGGAGGUCCAGAUGAGAACGGCCAACGCAAACCGACCGGAGGAUGUGGAGGAGGACGCGAGUCCUGACCCCGUGUCCCAUUCCGGCCUCCUCGAGCCGGGCACGCACCGGGAGACGGGAUCGGGAUCCGGAAGUGUGGAGGGAGCGUUCUCAGGUCACGGGGACACCGAGCUCCGACAGGGCCACAGCUCUGGUGGAUUUUGGGAGCCCGUGGACAAGGAUGGAGUGGCCCGGGGCCACUAA